GCCAAGCCGGGCCACCCCUGCCAGAACUUUGUAGCUGUUCUGUUGCGGUGCCCAGCCAUAUCCACUCAACACAUACAGACAUCAAGCAGCCAAUCAGAAGGUGUGCACACACACACAGAGUCGCCUGAUUGUGACAUCAGUUGCAAGGGGAUGACAGAGCGCAUUCACAGCAUCAACCUUCACAACUUCAGCAAUUCCGUGCUCGAGACACUCAACGAGCAGCGCAACCGUGGCCACUUCUGUGACGUGACGGUGCGAAUCCACGGAAGCAUGCUGCGGGCCCACCGCUGCGUGCUGGCCGCUGGCAGCCCAUUCUUCCAGGACAAGCUGCUGCUAGGAUACAGCGACAUUGAAAUCCCUUCAGUGGUGUCUGUCCACGCAGUGCAGAAGCUCAUUGACUUCAUGUAUAGUGGGGUGCUACGGGUCUCCCAGUCAGAGGCCCUCCAGAUUCUGACAGCGGCCAGCAUCCUGCAGAUAAAAGCGGUCAUUGACGAAUGCACACGAAUUGUUUCGCAAAAUGUAGGUGGGGUAUACCCCCUGAUACAGGACUCUGGCCAAGAGACACCCAGGGGAACGCCGGAAUCAGGUACCUCUGCGCAGAGCAGUGACACGGAAUCUGGCUUCCUGCAGAGCCACCGCCAGCACAGUGUGGACAGGAUCUACUCCGCCUUAUACACGUGCUCCAUGCAGAAUGGCAGUGGCGAGCGUUCCUUUUACAGUGGCGCCCUGGUGAGCCACCACGAGACUGCAUUAGGGUUGCCUAGACAGCAUCACAUAGAGGAGCCCAGCUGGAUCACGCGCAUACAUCAACGCUCACAGCGGAUGGAGAGGUACCUCACCACCACUCCUGAAACCACCCACUGCCGUAAGCAGCCUCGUCCGGUCCGUAUUCAGACAUUGAUGGGAAACAUACACAUAAAACAAGAGGUGGACGACGACUAUGACUACUAUGGGCAGCAGAGGCCACAGGGCCUGGAGCGCAACGAGUCAGAAGAGUGCACUGAAGACACCGACCAAGCCGAAGGCACAGAGAGCGAGCCCAAAGGGGAGAGCUUUGACUCCGGAGUAAGCUCAUCAAUUGGCACAGAACCUGACACGGCGGAGCCACAGUAUAUGCCUAGUCUUGUACGAGAGGGGCAACAGGAUCCUCCCCAAGCAGAGUCAAACAAUUUGCCCACGGAAUGCCUAGAAAACCAGAAUCCACAGCACGUAGAUACCAGCUCUUGCUACCCUGAGAAGAGGAAUAACAUUGACGUAGACAGCACAGUGCUUAGUGUUAGCAAUAGCACCGAUAAAGAGGUUCUGCAGAACUCCGUCGCCCAGUCGAUUGCGCAGACUUUGCCAACCACUCAGUUGUACUUGCGUCAGACGGAAACACUCACCAGCAAUCUGAGAAUGCCGCUAACUCUGACCAGUAAUACCCAGGUCAUUGGCACGGCUGGCAAUACUUACCUUCCGACCCUCUUUACAGCGCAGGCGGCAGCGGGUGGUCCCAAGCCAUUCCUCUUCAGUCUGCCUCAGCCUUUGGCCGGCCAGCAAGCUCAGUUUGUGACGGUUCCCCAACCCGGAUAUUCUUCCCAAAUGCAAAACCAACAAUCCCAAGGAGGACACAGCACAGCCAGCGGACAGGGAGAGAAGAAGCCUUAUGAGUGCACCCUCUGCAACAAAACUUUCACCGCCAAACAGAAUUAUGUGAAGCACAUGUUUGUACACACGGGUGAGAAGCCUCACCAGUGCAGCAUCUGCUGGAGGUCGUUCUCUUUAAAGGAUUACCUAAUCAAACACAUGGUAACGCACACAGGCGUGAGGGCCUACCAGUGUAGCAUCUGCAACAAGCGUUUCACCCAGAAGAGCUCACUGAACGUGCACAUGCGCUUGCAUCGGGGCGAGAAAUCUUACGAGUGCUACAUUUGCAAAAAGAAGUUUUCUCACAAAACGCUGCUGGAAAGGCACGUGGCCCUCCACAGCGCUUCCAACGGCACUGCCAGCAUCCCAGUCCCCAUUCCACCAACAAGCUCAGCUCCAGGAUUGGUUCAGGCUCCUGUCUCCACUCCAGGACAAGUGUUGCCCCCAGCUCCCAGCUUGGCACCAGCACCGGUGCUGCCUACGACUCCGGUGCUACCUACGACUCCGGUGCUGCCUACGACUCCGGUUUUGGCACCUGGUCCAGUUUUGGCUCCAACUCCAGCCUUAGUUCCUGCUCCACUUUUGGUCUCUGCCUUAGUACCGACACCGUCACUGGCUCCAACCCCCACCGCUGCUCUGACUCCUGGACCGCCUCUGCUCCCUCGUCCUGGCCCUCCAAACAGCGGGGCCACAGGCUGCUCUGAGGGCACAACGUACGUUUGCUCAGUCUGUCCAGCUAAGUUUGACCAAAUCGAGCAGUUUAACGACCACAUGAGAAUGCAUGUUUCGGACGGAUAAGACACCAUCCAUUGUUACGAACAAAAAACAAAAGCUAUGGCACUAGAAUUUAAAGAGUUUUGUUUUUAUUUUUAGGUUUUUAUUUUUAUUUUAUUUUUAUUUUGACAUUUUGUACUACAUGAAGAACUGAAUUUGCCUGCUGGUACAUUACAUUUCCGGAGAGUGGGUGAAUAUAUAUAUCUAUAUAUAUCAAGAUAUAUAACCUGCAUAUAUAUUUUAUCCAGUCUCCCUCAGAUGGUGGCCUUAAGGCCUGGUAGAUUUACCUGAAUUCCACUGGUUGGAAUUCACACUACUGGCCUCUAAAUACAACCCUUCUUAAAAAAAAAGUUUAACAAAAAAAUACAAAAAGACACAUGAAAAAAAAAUCAUGAAAAAGUUUAAAAAACAAAAACUGAACCAUUUUUCCACUUGUGUAGAGCACUACAAAAAAAAAACAAAAAAACAAAUAAUAUAACAAAAUAUUAAAAAGGCCUACUGUCUCAACGUGCCGCCUACAGUGUUUUUUGGGUUUUUUCCAUUGCUUUUUACUUUCAUUCUGGUGGACAUUUUUCUGCAUUUACCUGCUCAGACUUCACACUAUCUGAUGGAUACAAACUGCGCACUUAUUUUUCCCCAUUUGCUUCUGUGGCAUUAAAUGUCUUUUAUUAUUAUUAUUUUUUCUUGGGGGGGAGGGGAGUGGGUAGGUGGAAUGGUCAGUUUUAAGAGACUGGAAUGAGUAAGUUAGCACCUAGGACCGGAGUGGGGCUCUACCCUUUGGUUCCAGUCUGGUGCUUCGUGCUGCCUUGUCAAUCGGAAUACCCAUAAUCCCCUUCUCUUCACCCUCCUACCCGUCCAUGAAUUUCAUUUGCAGCUGAAGACAAUAAGGAACUGAGAGUAACAUCAAACACAUAAGGGCAAAAUAUAUGGCUGUUAUUUUUUUGUUUUGUGGGUUUUUUUGUUUUUGUUUUUUAAAAAAAAAGCGAAUAAUUUGCAGUGACAGAAGCGAAAUAUGUUGAAAAUUCCCAUCUGUUCACGUCAUUAUCUGAGUUCCUGAUGCAGUACAGGACAAGGACACACAGAAUAAUGUGACUGCGGAACCAUGGUCACAGACUCACAGCUGAGGUAUAGAAAACGUAUUCCUAUUAUUUUUGUACCUUCACUCACAGAUUGGAGGUUUACUAUGAAGCUUUUCUAGUGUCAGUGUCUGUUCUAUGGGAUUACCAAUGGGAAAAGGGUGGUGGUGGUUGUGUUUCGUCAUUCACAGCAGGACCGUUUCCUCUUAUCAGUCAUUGGAUAAUUGUAACGCCGAGUUUCUCUGUUUUCUUUGGAGUAACUGCUCCAACUCUCUUGGGGUCGCCAGUUUGUCUUUUCUUUGAUUGAAUCUCCAAGCAAAAUUAUUUUUAAUGGUCAUUGUCCCAGCAUGACGUUGGGGUCCCACCGAACAGGUAGAGGAAGGGGCUGCUUACAUUCACUCGAAAGGUUGUAAAGUGUGGUGUGUAAUGAUUGUUCCCAACUAUCUCUGCAGGUGUUUCUAGCAUCCCCAUCCUGAGAGACCUUCAGCUGCCCCAGGGUUGGGGGUUAGAGGUAUCAGCAGGAUACUAUGGGGACAUGCACUUCUUUGGCUAAAUACUCUAUAGAGUGUAUAAAAGAACAAAUAUACAGCUUAGACGCUCUAAUUGCCCCAACUGUGUAGAUUAUGUUUUCUGUAGAUUGAUACCAAGAACUUCGUCUUAGUUAUUUUAAGAGCACUUACCUGCCAGGGAGGACAUAGUUUUCCCUGGUCCCCCAUCCAAUGGUUGGGAAACGGUGGGUUAAACCCACCAUCUAUCUCAUUAAUACGUUUGAUAACUCUGAUAGACGUUCCUAAGCGGGGUCAUUAGCAGUUGGGAAAUGAAGCACAGAGAAAGCCAUUGAUACUUUCCUCUAUAUUACCCUGUCUUCUUCAAAAGGUGUGUGUGGGUGGGGAGGGGGUCCUACUAGGCUGAUUUACUGGAAAAAAGUGAGUUGGUGAAAUGUUUUUCUCCUGGCGGAGCAGGACAUACACUGAAUGUUUACCAGCACAAACUGGGUAGGGGAAAUCAUUAGUCUUGUGCUUCCCUCAAGAAGACACUAGUAAGCGAGUGACUGAGAACCAGACUAAACAUAUAUCCAAAUCUUAUGCUGCUUUCUGUUUUUGUGGCCGUAGUAUUUGUCUGCCGGAAGGGUGGCGAGGUGGAAUGCAGUGAAAUUAUGGCGUCAAGAACUGUUGGAGGUGUAGCCUGUAGCAUCCAAUCAGAUUUGAACUGUCAUUUAUCUAGUACAUUUUAUAAAAUGGUAACUAGAAUCUGAUUGGUUCUUAUGGGCCAUACCUCCACAUGUCCUCUUUAGAAGGUUCGAAAGAUCUACCCCUAAUAGUGCACCUAAAGCAACUGUAUUUCCCGGCAAUGAAGAAAACUGCACAGAGGUCUGCACAGGAGGCGCGGGGGCGGUUUCUCACUUGUGUCCAUUGGUUGAAAUGUUUUCUGUGCAAUGAAAAUAGUGUCCCGGAAUCUGCCUCGUACAGCGUCUUACCAGUCUAGCAGCUGGCGAAGAGGGUUCCACAAGUACUGUGGUUUUAGACCAACACAACUCACAUUAUUCCAAACAUCAUCCACACACGUUGCCUCAACUCUGCAGGUGACGGAUCUGCUGUAACUAAAGGAAGGUUUGACCCUAGAUAGCCUUAUCCGCUUUCUCAUCACAAACAUACUUAUCCCUGUAAUUUGUUAUAUAAUGUACAUUACCACGGGGUCAUGUAUGAACAUUUUGCUCUGCUGAAAUUACUGGCGCGUCAUCAGUCGAUCCCUUGUUCAUGAGAUCUCAAUGAAAUUUGCAUUGGUCCUGCAAUGCCUACAAGUGCAAAUUAGUAUUAAAUAACUUCAAUUGUUGUUCCUCAAACUGCAGUACCCCACAUUCACAUUCACAGAACCUUUUAACCAAUGGUCACUGCAUAGCAGCUACAGUACAGUAAGAGACGGCUACAAGCUACCAGACCGAGGCGUCUGCCGUAAUUGCCUCUGUUUGCCCUUAAGCGGAAAAUGUCUGUCCAGCUAAAAAAUCAGGCAUUUAUAGGCACAAAAAAGGGGAACAUUCCCUUCCCAAAUCAUCCGAAAGAGAUUUUUAACUUGACAGCCUAAGGGCAAAAAUAGGCAUUUAUGCAAAAGCCCUACUGUGUCUCCUAAUCGCUCUUUCUCUUGACUGUUACCAGUGUUUGCCAUGCUGGUGAAAUGCUGCCCUAUGGUGGUAGAGGGGCUGUGCCGGGUGCUUGCUGUUUGUACUGUUUGUUUCUUUUUGUAAACACUUAUUUCAUGGAUAUUUAUGGCAUCUGCACACUGGCGAAGCUGAGGCAGUACGGACCCCCGUGAUGAUUGCUAUAGGGGGUCCAGAGUGAUGAGCUUGCCCACCCUCCUUUGUUUUAUGGGUCACAGUGGUGAGGGGUGCCCAUGGGUGUCUGUAGAUUGUGUGCUAUCUGGAAGACUGCGUUCUUAUACCUGCCCAUUGCUGCUCCGCUCACCCGUUCCACUCUAUCACUCUGUCCGAUAAGGGUGUUCUGAGGCCUCUUAGGACUGACAUAUUCACAAUUCAGUUAUUGGGGUUUUUGUAAAUAAUACUGACUUAUUACAGAUACUAUAUGUCCUUGCUGCCUUGUACAAUUCUUAAAAGCAGACUCAGUGUAUUUUUAUGUGUAGAAGGAAAUGUAACUGAGCUAUUACAAUUUAUUUUAUUAGAAAAAUGUUGCUUCGUGAUCUUAGCGUUUUGUUGUGAUGCCCCCAUCUCUUUGUGUAUGUGGGGAGCACCCACUCACUGACCAGUAACAGCGGAGUCUCUCUGUGUAUAACAAGAGGCAUAAGUCUGCCAAAGGGGAAGGGGCACCAAACAGUAUAUGCAAGCAGGAUGUCUUUUAUCCAAGUGAAAUAAAUUGUAAACUCCGGUUAUGCUCAAACUGGUGCCACACCGGUUAUGCUCAAGCUGGUGCCACACCGGUUAUGCUCAAGCUGGUGCCACACCGGUUAUGCUCAAGCUGGUGCCACACCGGUUAUGUAUGCUCGCUGGUGCCACACCGGUUAUACUCAAGCUGGUGCCACACUGGUGGUUUAGAAGCAGAAUAUUCCUGCAGACACUUUAUAGGAGCGGGUUUUAAAAAAAAAAGUUUUUCUUAUCCGCUAGGAAAAAGCUGCUUUGAUAAUUCAUUCGUCAUUUCCAUAGACACAUAUUUCAGAAGUUAUACUUAUCCAUACUACAUGAUCGAGCUCCUGGGCUUUACAAGCUUUGUAAACAGCCAAUGUCUCCGCAGAGAGCAGCUCUCCUAAACCGUGCUAAUAUGAGUGUAUCUGCUGCUUUACGCCAACCGAAAAAACGCUGCUUGCAUAACGCUGGGGGACACCAGCCUGAGUUUUAUAUAACCUAAACUAGAGGAUCAUUUUUUUUUUAAUGAAAAUUCAUUACUUUUUCUUUUUGCUUUCUUUAAACUAGCACUGUAUGUAAGAGAUUUUGACUUUCAUUAAAAGUGAACAAAAUAACAGGAAAGAAUAAUAUGAAUUGUAUCAAAUAGUUUGCUCCAAGCAUUGUACAGAUGCCUCCGAUGCAAAUUCUGCAUUACUAUAUGCAAUUCUACGCUUCUCAAUAACUCAUUUCUGUGUAUUCAUUCUGUGCCAUUUACAAUUGGAGCUAGACAAAGCACUGUAUUAACCAUGGGAGCCAGUAGAUAUACAGGGAGAGAUAUAAGUGGCACACAUGUGAUACCCUUUAAUGGCAAAUUUUGAAAAUAAAUAAUAAUAAUAAUAAAAAAUCAGCUGACUCCUCACACGAGUGACUUUAGAAUCCAGUUAAAGUCCUUUACCACCUGCUCCGCAUUCAGUCUAAAUUGGGGUUUUCUCAUAAUGUGUAAAUGGGUUUCUACUCAUGUGAAAGCAAUAUGUGCUGUACCCAGAUCUACAGGAACUAAUAAGGCGCAUUUGUAGAUGCCCGUAAAACCAAAUGUGGGAAUUUGAACCCAUUGCAGCAAAGGAGCAAAUUCUGCUAUGUAAAUAUUUACAAAUGCGCAUUUUUCUGUUCGUGUAGAAAGUACGUGGCAGCUGAAGGUAACGGCCCAUAAUUAGUUUAACCAUGAAAUUAUCUCUAGAUUAUGGGGGAGAUUAUUUAGAUCUUGGCGAGAGAUAAAGUGGCCAGAGAUAAAGUGCAAACCAAUCAGCUGUAACAUGACAGAAGCUGAUUUGUUGGUACUUUACCUCUCCCCAUAUAUGGGUUCUAUAAUCUCAUUGGAAAGACUUUCCUUACAUUUCUUGCAUAGCGUUAUGUUUACCUAGAUAGGAAUAUACAAUAUUGUUGGGAGUAAAACUCACCCGAACCCUGGCUAGAACUGCAGGUCCGCAGCCUUGUAUCCUGAAGCAAUAUUUUGCUAAUAGUAAAUGGAUUGUCUUUCAGGUUGUGUGCAUGAGACUCCCAUUCUAGUAUCACCAUAUAGGAUUGUGUAUCAGUUAUACCCUGAAACAUUGUGAUUCCCACCGAAGUGUCUAGAUCAGAAUGUAAGCAACCUAUGUCUCCUUAACUGCCCAGGAACUACAGAUCCCAGCAUACUUGGCUGGUUAGUGCCUCAGCAGCAGUUGAGUCAUGUAUUUGAUACAUCUGCUCUGGAGGAGGCUGCGUAUCUUGUAUUUAUAUUUGGAUUAGAAUGGGACAUUUUUAAUCUGACUUUGUGAAACAGUUUAGAAACUUCAACUUGCGGUUGUAGAAAUUCCACCAUUGCUGGAUUAAUGAACUACUAAGCUGGUGUGUUUUGUAAAAGGAGAAAAAAAAAACAUUGUGAUAAGUCGGGAUGAUUCGGUAUGUGAACUUUAUUUGCACUGUGAUAACUUGAGUCUACGAGAUGUGUAGGUAACACGGAUAGCGUUGGAAGUGCCAUUUAAUAUAAAACAAUGUGUCAGUCCUAUGAGGCUUUGCACUACAGUCCGUGUUUCGGAUUGAUAGUCAUGUACUGAGUGUGUGUUAAAGUCUCGUUACUUAAUUCACACACAUAACAGAUCAGCUUUUUCUUCUUGAGCCACCAGGAGACCAUAUUUACAUGUGCUGUGAGUUGCUUUAAGUAUCUUCAUACCAAAUAGACUGAAAAGAAUAAGCUACAGAAAGGGGUAGAGAUACUUUCAGUGUCUUCGUAAUGUCCUCCAGUCAACUGCAUUCUCAUUUUCAUCCACUAGGUGUCUCUGACUUUCUCAAACCUUUUACCUUCUUGUUAUUGCUGAUCAUUUCAAUCCAGAGGAUAAAUCUGCCGCUGGCCUUUAGUCUAAUAUCAUUAUCCAUUAGUCGCCGCUACUAGUCAAUAGAUUGCGCUUGAAGAACUGGCAGCAAUAUUUUCAAAACAUUUUUGAUAUCCUAGAAAUAUGAUUCUGUCUAGAACAAUGAUACAUAUUUCAGGGUCUCCUACGGAGAUGAAAGGAAUAAUAUGUGUGAUGUAACAUAAAUAUUACAAUAUACACCAUCAACGUCAACAGCAGCUGUGGAUGGUGAUGAUGCACUAAUGUCUUGUGCAGAGCUUAUACCUCCGGCAAAGUAUUACACCGUAUUUCAGUGUAUAUAUAGAUAUAUAUACUUGUGCAGAGCACACUCAAAGAUUUGAAGAACUUAACGUACGUCAUAGAAAUACAUGAGGAAAUAAAUAGAAUGAUGCACUUAAAGUAAAUUUGAAAUUACGGUUUUCCCGAGGAAUAAUUUCAGUUUUGCAUCGUUUGUAAUUGCAAUCCUUACUGAAUGAGGCCCACCGUCUGUAUCCUAGAAGCAUUUAUUGCAGUCAGAUUAUUAACUUAUCUAUUUCUUUGAAUGUCUGGGAAAAGGUUUGAGAAACAUUAGUUCUAUUUAUAAUUGCAAAAAAACAACCUUCGCACAAAUUUACACCGACUUAGAGUGAUGUUGUCACCUACGCACAGCGGGUGGCAGCCUUCUUGUGCACAGAGCAAAUAUUCAUGAGGCUGCAGCAUAUGAGAUCAUUGGGGACUCAUCGCUGAGCACCUCAUGCCGCAGGUCCCAGUGAUUGCUGGUGCCUCCUAUGGGUAUAGUGAGAGGUCCGUUUUAGCUGAUGAAAUACACCAUACUGACACGUAGGUGCACUAAACUAAAUACAUCAUUCCAGGGUGUACACAUGGGGACAUUGGGCGCGAUUCAGACCUGAUCACUUGUGCGAAAUCGCAAGGUCGGCUACACAUGCAUACGGAUCGUAGUGCGUAGGCGCGAGGCCAAAUUGCGAAAAAAUCCAGUGACUUUUUUGAUCGCUAGGCAUACACAAGUUGAUUGAUAGGAAGCCGGCAUUUGUGGGUGGUAACUGCUCGUUUUCUGGGAGUGUCUGGAAAAACGCAGGCGUUCCCAAGCGUUUUCAGGGCGUGUGUGUAGCGUCAGCUCCGGCCCCGAUCAGCCUGUUUAUAUCGCACUGUAGGAGUAAGUCCUGGGCUACGCACACACUACACACACUGGAAAAAAUCAUUAGAUGGUGAGAGAAUUACAAACGGAUUGGCAGCUGACCGCCGUUGGCAGGGAUUUUCGCACGGCGCACGCAGACUUGCACAGGGCGGGUUUUCACUCUGUCUGGGCAGCGACUAUCGGAUUGCAAAUUCGCAGAUAAACGAUCUGAUCUGAAUCAUCCCCAUUGUUACAACAUGACGCGGUGAGCUUGUGUGACAUUGCACAAACCGCAUACUGUGUAGGUUCCUAACACUAAAAACACGCAGUUAAAUCUCCAGUAUGCUAGACCCCAAUCAGCAAACGUCCAAUACAGAUCUUUCCAGAGUGGAGAGCAAUCCUUUACCACGUGCCUGUCUUCCAUUGUGGGGCCGUAUACACUAACUGAAGGCUGUCCUUUUUAUAAAGGCGGCAGAUUAGCUUCAGACUUAUUUUUAUUUCUCAUUAUAUCAACGUGAAGAGUGCAGUAUAAUUUCAUGGCGUGAAGAAACCCCACCGUGUUAGCAAUCCGCCUGUACACAGCCAUCUCUGACAUUUCCGUGUGUACCCCCGUCUUCUAGAUAGCAAUACGCACCGUACUGACACUUACUUGUGAUGUCUCCUUAUGAAAUAUUUUGCACUAAUUUAGACGAUGGCAGAUAGCUAGCGAUUAGCACCUCCGCACCAAACGUGACGCUGACGUCCGUCAAUAUUGUGUAUUUCAUGAUGUAAAUGCUGUACUCCCAUCUUGUUAGAGCGGUUAUUGGACACAGUUCACCGCAGGGGGGCGGCACAUGCCUCCAAGAGACUGCUCCCCCUUCCUGAUGGAACCUUCUCUUCUUAGCAAUAUUAUUUCAAGAGAAGGGCAUGCAGAUCUAGUCUUAUAGGGUCGUCACGCCUGCAGUUAUAAUGAUAUUGCUUCCCGUACAAUUCGGCCUCAUUGCACUCAAACAGGGGGCUCAGCACCGUUGUAGUGGUCAUUGCACCGUGCGUUGUUUGUUUAAGGUUCUGUGCAAAGGAAAGGAUCUCCCUUAGCAGGAAUCAGUGUUGAGAGGUUACAGGGCGCCCGUUCUUUAUGCUCACGUUGGUGAUCAGACAGUCUUCUUCCGUCAGUUCUCUCUGGUUUGUGAGUUUGCUCUUUUUGCCUUUUGUCGUUUCGUGGUUUUUUUUUUUUUAUUAUUAUUAUUAUUGCACUAAGUUUGACUGCACUGCAUUGCACUACUGACAAGUCAUUGCACAGACGAGAGCACAGAGAGAGAGAGGUUUGGUGAUGUGACACUAGCUACUAAGCUGGAAUGGGUUUAACCCACUUUAAAAAAAAAAAUUAAAAUCAAAAAAUGUAAAAAAAAGCAGCUGAUCUUCCUAUUAAUAAAUGAGUAACCACGACUGAUCGCCUUCCUUCCCUCUCCCUAAUCUUAUAUGUGAGGGCAGUCGUCCCAAUUAACACCCGUUAGUAAUGGAAGCAGGUCCUUCAGAAGGAAGCUUUGCUUAGGGGCAUUUACUGAUGUCGGAGUUUGGACACCCUCUGCCAACUUCUGGCGCAAGAUGAGACUACAAUAAAUUCUUUAUAUGUCAUUGAAUUUUCAAAUGUAGUAUUUUGUGAUACUGAGCUGCAUUUGUGCUUCCUGACAGAGAUGUGAAAACAGAGCUCGGUAGGAGACAACGGUCCAUAUCUAGAGAGCGUCGCUGCAGGUGGGGCUAUUAGGGGCUCACAGCCAGUAUUAAUGCUGAUUGGAGGAAAUGCCCUGGGGCAGAUUGUGCACUGUGUGACGUAUUAAUGGAUGAUAACAAAUGUUUUGUUGGUCUAUGAUACUUUUACUGUAAAGGAGACAGACAUUGUUCUACAGAAGUCCAGGAGUUCCGCUUAUCCUGGAAAGGGGACUCUCUAUAAUACUAAACAGCCAUAAAACUAGACUACCAGAUCAGACAAAGACAGAAAUCCAUACUUGUACUGCAAGUGUUAGCAAAUCGUGUUUAGAUCUCAGCCUUAUGGUUUCCUUGGGAACGUUAAGCUCUUGUAUUUAAUGGCUGCUUGCUGCAUUAUCCUACUGAAGUCAGGCGCAGAGUCGCUGGCCUGGAGAGGUGGGAUCCUUCGCCCGCAAUGCUGUGAUUAGAUGAUAUUUGCACUAGACAAGUACUAACAGCUGGAGCUGCGGAACUAGAGAUUACACGCACACUCAGACGUGGCUAGGAGGAAGAGACAGGCGUCACGUUCUUCACUUGUCAUCUAAGCACGCACACUCUGUAUAUACCGGGCCCCACUUCUGCCACGUGCCCACCAAUCAUGUUUCAUUUCACACCCAGCGUCGUGUCCUGAUACGACUGGCCAGUAUCUGAUUAGAACUCGGAUCAUGACAAUAAACAUACCCAUUCGGCUCCAGUCCACUGCUUGCCGCGUUUACAUUCACCCUCGUCUCGCCGUUGAGCGCAGGGAUGUUUUUCUUGAGUCAUUGGCUUGUUGGCAUCUGCUUGUAUUUGAGAGGUUUGUUUGUGUGCUAAUAAUGAAGUAUUGCACUUUUUCCCCUUGUAAAAUAUGGGGAAUAAUAUAUAAUUGUUUGUUUCCUUAAAGGAAUAUCAAGAGUCGUAAAUAAAAUAAAAUAAAUGAGUUUUGGAAGUUGACCAAAUUGUGAUCCUACGUAAAGUACUUUGGCAACUAAAGUCUGGUGUUGGUAAAGAGGGGGGGUUGUGUUACUAGCUAUUUACCCCAGGCAGUCCUUAAUUUGGGCAAAUUAGCAGAUGUAUUUAUUGCAUUAGAAAUGGGAAUCUGCUUGCACCAACUUAGUACAAGUUUACUGAGAAAGAAAACACCAUACUGCCUUGUAUCGGUCGUCAAACUUUGUUAAGUCCAUUGGUUUAUCCACACCGACCAGUGAGUUUGGCUCAACCAGAAAGACCGAAACACUUAUUGGUCUCAUUUAACGUUUUUCUUUCUAUAUUGUACAUUUUCAGUAAUAUAUUUUGAAUACAUCUGAAACGUGACUAGGGCACCCCCCCUCCCCCCAUAUCCCUGUCAGUUACUGUCCACACAGCAGCACUUAUUUCACUAAGACGUUAGUUAUCUAUAGAGCAGAUUAUUUUUUAAUUAACAUUUUUUUAAAUUACUAACACCGUUCCUUGUAUUUAAUCUUUGCAAGCAGUAUCGACCGUUCAUGUGAAAAGCAAUGACUUUAAAAAAUUCAAUUGUUUAUUAGAUAUUCAAUUUUCUUGUUGUUUUUUUUUUCACGUCGUUGAUAUUGUAAGUCUACUGUAGACCAAAUAUUAGAGUGGAGGCUUCAGUUCAGGCAAAGGCAGAGAGCUUGGUAAGGUGCAGUGAGCAAACGCGGAGAGCAUUUAUAUGCUUAAUGUAUCGUAAGACGCCUUAUUAAUUAGUUUCGCUCUGAGCUGUCAGGGGACAUAUGUAUCACUCGCCCAUCUGGCAGCCAAAGAGACAGCGCUUACCAGUUAUAGGGAGCUUUUUCAAUACAACACUAUAAAUUAUGUUUUGUUUUUACUCAUAUAACCAUUUUAUUAUGUUAUUGUAUAUUCCUUCAGUACCAAGACAGAAGCGCAUUGCGGGUUGCGGUGAAUUAAAGGGUUGAACAUAUUGUGGGGCCUUUGUGUUUAGACAAUGCAUUGAGUUUGUUCUUUUCUUUUAUUGUAUAUAUUACUACAGUAUAUAUUCUAGCUUUUUAUAUAAUUCUAGUAGGAAGGAAGAAAUUGUUAUGUCAGAAGCUCUUUGUAAUAAGAAUGCACUACAGGUCGUGCCUGGCACUUUUCCAUGGCUACAUGUAGAGGAAGUGUCUGGCCCCAUGCCAUGUCUAGGUCUAGAGGAAGUGUCUGGCACCAUACCAUGUCUAGGUCUGGAGGAAGUGUCCGGUACCAUACCAUGGUUUACGUCUAGAGGCUGUGCCUGGUACCAUACUGUAUUUAUGUGUAGAGUGUGUGCUUACAUCUAGAGGUUGUAAUUGGUACCAUGACGUGGUUAUGUCUAGGGGGUGAGUCUGGUACCUUGCAGUGGUUACACCUUUAACCCCUUCACUGUUUUACUACGUUUAAACUAUAGAUGGUGGAAAAGAGCUCCAGGCUAUGAAAAAUAAACUGUAUUACACAGUCAAAAUGUUUCAAAGUGUGAGUACAAUGAUUCCCAAAAAGUCCCAAGAUCCUAAAUCUAUAUUUCCCAAUUCUAGAACAGCUUGUAGACCGCAAGCACCAAAUGCCCUGGAGUUGAGGCGAGGCUUAAAAAAAAUAAAAAAAAUAAAUAUAAAUAUAUAUAUAUAUAUAUAUAUAAUAUGAUUACUCACCCAAUGUUCCCCUCAUCCAAUGUAUUUCACUAUUUGAGGUGUACAGUCAUCAUUUUUUUUAAAUUAUAAAAUAGACAAAUGGCACUAAAGAUACUGUACAAGUGCCUAGUACUAAUUUGUAAGAGGUCCAGGGAGAACACUGAUUAUAGAAAUAUUUGUAUUUCAUCCCCACAGUCUAAAAAUAGUAUAUAUUCUAAAGUCAUUGAUCCAGUUGGAAAAUUCCAUUGCUGACUUGCGUUUUACAAAGAGACUGACAAAGUCACCCUUAUUGCUAACCUGUUAAACCAUAUCCGCAGCUAAAAAUAUUAUUUACCCAAAUAUAAUUUUUUAUAUAGCAGUUCAGUAUUAAAAGUUACUCAUUCAAUGGUGCUAAAUCGUUCAAAGUGUAUCUAAGAUUAUUUACUAUGCCCAGUCUCUUGAAGUGCUACUGACCAGUCAGCAUAAUUUAUUUAAAACACAUUGAAUGUUUUGUAGUGGCCAAAAUGUUUUUUUUUUUUAAAACAGAUAUAUAUUUUUGUAGAGAAAAAUGGGCUGCAGUACUAUACACUAAAAAUACUUCAAUGCCAAACCAGUCUAGGUUAGCCCUUUAUACUACUUUUAAUAAUUCUCAAGAAAAGUACUUAAAUUUGAAAAAAAAUCUAUAAUUUAUUGUGUAAUCAAUAUUUUUCAUUGCCUGUAAGUUGCUAUCUAUAGUUAAGGUUUCAGCUGUGCGUUCCAUUUAACAUCUUCCAUGUAAACUCUACAAAGAAAAUUUUAUCCUGGGUGGGGGCCUGCAAUGCGAAAAAAUGGGGAGGGUGGUCACUAACCACACUAAAAUGUUCCUAAAUUCUGUGCCCUUGACUGAAAUUGUAUAGAAAUGAGAAAUGUCAGAUUUUUUUUUUAAAUGAAGGAAACCUAUUUUUGUUGUGUAAUAUUUUAUAUUUUUGAAUGCAUUUUAUUGGUAUAAGACUGUUUGUUUUUUGUUUUAAUUCUCUUUGGUGAAGGCAUUAAUAAAAAAUAAUAAUAAAAGAAAUACAAAUAAAUGGAAAGACAAUUUGAAACAAUCUAUGUUUGCCCUUAUGGAUAUGCUGCAGUACGGAGAUAUUAAAGCUGAUUUGUCAAUGAGCGUUAAAGAUGGGAUAACAUUUUUUUGUACUUGUUAAGAUAAUAUUUGUAUCCACUGCUGUUAAUUUUGUGUUGAAAAGGACGUAGAAAAGGGAUUGUUGUAUUUUCAAGUUUAAUUUUUUUUUAUUAAGAAGAAUAUUAUUUAUGAGAUGUCAAACACUGGACUUGGAGUUUUAGUGUAAAAAUAAAAAUAUAAAAAUAAUUUUCCAAUCAUACAAUAUAUUGACAAAUGGUGCCCCCACUCCAUUUCUCUUUACAACCUAAUAUAUAAUUGAGUCGCAAUCAGCUUUUCUGUGUUUUUUUACCUUGAUUCUGAAAUGUAUUAUUUGCCUUUGCUUAAAGUUGGCAUUAAAUGGUCCAUUUGGAAUAGGAGAUUAUUGAACAAAAAAAUAAAUAAAUAACCUACAUAGUUAUUUAUAUAUUUCCUCAUUAUAACUAAUGAUACACUAUUUGUUAUAAAAUCUCUCAUGGGGAAAGGAGAUGAGGUUGGGGGCACCGAUACAUUCAAACACAAAGAUGGCAAUUAUACUAAAGGGGCUGACUUGCGGAAAUCCAUACACCAUCCCGAUACUUUUUCCAUCCUGAGCAUUAAACUCAACCAAAUCCACAGUCAAUUGGGAGUGAAACCAAGAGCCCCCCCCCCCCCCCCCCCCACCCAUCCAGUUUGAGAUUAGAUAGAGCACAAGAAAGCGCUUUAAGUGCAUAUUGAAUCUGGGUUCAGUUCUUUCUUUCCUUGUAACUUGUAAUCAUACAGUUUCUAGUAUGUGCCUUUGUUUCUGCUUUUAAAGUAUUCCAGCUGGAAACCACUGCCCCCCCCCCCCCCACCAUCCACCACCCUCCACCUCGUGCCGUCUCUCUGUCUUCUCCUUGAAAUUAGCACAAAGCUAUCAUAAUCAAGCUCAGAAAUGGGCGGCACAAGUUUUGGUGCAUUAUUACAGUUUUGGCUUGAAUAUCCUUUCAUUUAUUAGCUAGAAAUAAGGAAUCUUGUCACUACCUUGAAAAUCCGUUAGUCAUGAUAUUUUUAUUAGAAACAUAGAUUGUGGCCUUAAACUCAUUUGUUCACUUUCCCAGUUCAUACCUAUUGACCCUACCGUCACUUAUGUAUAUUUUAAUUCUCAUCCAUCGAUAUCGGACCCAGGGUGUAAAAGAUUUUGUAUUAGGUUGUUAAAGCUAAAGAUAGAUCCAUAGACCUGUUUAGUGCUUCCUGUCACAGGUGUGGCCUCCAAAUGCCCUCGGGGGUGCUGGUGAACCCAUUGCUGUACUCUAAAAUGUUCCUCAGUUCUUAAGGAUUAAGAGACUUCAUCACUGCCAGAUUGAUGUGUAUAUUUCACUGUGAAAACUGCCUCCUUAAAGACUUGAAUAUAUUAUUUCUUUUACUUUAAUUAUCUUUUUAUUUCUACCCACCUUUGGUUUCCUCCCAAAUGACUUUUUUUAUGACUGAAAACCAAAUUCAGGAUGCAAAAAGCAUGGUAAGCUGGGCACGUUUGUGACGCUCUGGUCUGUAGAUGUAUAAGCCUCACCCAAGUUAGGUCAUUUCAUAACCCAAAAGUGGUCCAAUAUCCAAAGCUGUACGCACAAACCCUUUUAGCAUAUUACAGUAGUGAUCAAGUGACCUAGAGCUGAUUGACUUUCUAAUAUGUUUUGGACUGUUGAUUAAACUUAAUACACUAAUCAAAACAACCAGUGCCCCAUUAAACUAAGCACCUGUUUAGUAAGUGGGAAUAGGAUUAAAAAUCGUUAAACCAUAGUAAGCUGGAGAAAAUGAUCAGGUGUGUAGUGAAGGACAAGCAGACCAUGACGCAAACUCCGCUUUCUCAGCUCCUUUAUAAAAAAAACUAUUGAAAUAAACCUAUACUAUCCCUCACAGAUAGUCCAGGCAGAGGUUACGACUUCCAGGACCGCAUCAUGCAAUCGGUAAAACAAUUGCACCAUAACUGAGCAACAAGCAGAUUUUAACUAGUCAUCCGCACGCAGUUAACAGCUGCCAUUUCCAGACGUUGUUUUAAUAUUUCAGUUCAAAGAAGAUUUGAGGAGUAAAAUAAGAAACUGUAUUUUUAAGGAGCAAAAAUAAAAUAAAGUGGGCAAGACAUUGCAAAUCAAGACAGUCGCAUCUUUUCAUUAAUUGUUUUUGGUACUGUUCAAUUUUCUUCCGCUUUUCAAGUGUGUUUCUGCAGCAUAUAUGUAUAUAUACAUAUGUAUAUACGUAUAUACUGUUUGUAUGUCUUUAUACAUUCAUGUAUUCUGUAUGUGUGAUUAGAAAUGUAUAUAUUUGUAUUUAACAGAGAAAAACACAAUUUGGUAAAAAUACACAGCAAAUUGAAGAUAAUGAACCUACUGGUAACAGAACGGUAUCCCUUGUGUACAAGGAAAGCCAGUUGCUCUUGGCCUGCCUUUCAUACAUUGAUUAUGUCCUUGGUUUUUUAAUCAGGGUUUGGUGGAGAAUGUGUGAGCAUGAUCGUAAAUUUAAAAAAAAUCUUCGCAAAGCACCUUAAUCUGGCAUAUUAUGUGCCAUUGUUUUUACACUGAGCACCUUAUACACGUAGGAGUGCCGGAGCGGCCGCACUCACGUUCUGUAGAAUGAGUCUCUUGUCUGCUUUUUCUUUUUACGCUCAUUAAUUAUGUGACUGGAGCAUUUUUUUUUAAAUUGAGUUUAAUGCCCAUCUUGUUUCCAUCCCAACUGGCCCAUAACCCACAUACAGUAAAAUGCUAACCAAAAAAAAA